GUCACACCACCCCAAAAACGUUUUCAUUGAGGAAUAUUUUUGUUGUUUCUUUUCGUUUUUCGGCGAAAUUUUAGUUUAAAAUUAAUUCUUUUCGAUUAGGAGCAUAGAAUGUCCGAUGAUGACGAUAUACAAUACAUUAAACGGCCGCGUACCAUUCACUACGGCUCGCUGGAGGAGACGGAGCGCAAGCGGCAAAAUGCCGGUGGCGCGUCGUCUGCGGCAACAGCAGCAACAACAACCACAGCCGCCUCGGGCACAACGCCGGCCCAAACAUCGGGGGCGGGGUCAGCUCCUCCAGCGGCCACAGCAACCCCUGCCCAGCUGGAGGACAUCGAAUCGGAUGAGGAUUACGAGGAGCCCAGCAAGAAGGUAAGCAACACAAAAGCCAGCCUCCCACCACCCACGGCGGCCUCGUUGGCCAACAAAAUCAACGAUGACUACUUCGAUCUGGAGACGGAGAUGGAGCGCGACAAGGUGGCGCUCCUGGAGGAGUUCGAGCGCAAGAAGCGUGCCCGACAGAUAAACGUGUCCACGGACGAUGCGGAGAUCAAGAGCAAUCUCCGACAGCUGAACGAGCCGAUUUGCUUUUUCGGCGAGGGUCCGGCGGAGCGGCGACGCCGCCUCAAGGAGCUGCUAGCCAAUCUCGGCGACAAUGCACUGAACAAGAAGUCCGAGGAGGAGGAGCGCAAGAUGCAGCAGCGCGAACAGGAGGCCACAUGGUACCACGAGGGACCCGAGACAUUGAGGAUAUCACGCCUCUGGCUGGCUGACUACUCGCUGCCGCGUGCCCGCGAUCGUCUGAUGCGUGCCCAAGAGGCGCUCGAUGUGCCCAGUGCCACGCGGGCUGGUCGCAUGGUGGAGAUGCAAAAGAAGCUUCAGUCUUUGGCUCCUCUCUGCUCGCAAGUGGGCGACACGCGGCCCGUGAGCGGUGCCGCCUUCAGCCAGGACUCCACGCUGCUGCUGACCUCAUCGUGGUCGGGCCUCUGCAAGCUGUGGAGCGUGCCCGACUGUGAGCUGAAGCAGACGCUGCGUGGCCAUGCCAGCUAUGUCGGUGGCGUGGCCCUGCGGCCGGGCGUCAAGGCGGAUGAGGAGAAUGUGGUGGCCAUGGCCUCCGGUGGCCACGACGGCGCCGUCAAGCUGUGGGGCUUCAACAACGAAGAGUCAAUUGCCGACAUCACCGGCCACAUGCCGCAUCGGGUGUCCAAGGUGGCGUUCCAUCCAUCUGGACGCUUUCUGGCCACCGCCUGCUACGACUCCAGUUGGCGCCUCUGGGAUCUGGAGCAGAAGACGGAGGUGCUGCAUCAGGAGGGGCAUGCCAAGCCGGUGCACUGCCUGGCCUACCAGUCCGAUGGCAGUGUACUGGUCACAGGCGGCCUGGACGCCUUCGGUCGCGUCUGGGAUCUGCGCACAGGACGCUGCAUCAUGUUUUUGGAGGGCCAUCUGGGCGCCGUCUUUGGUGUGGACUUUUCGCCCAAUGGUUUCCACAUUGCCACCGGAUCGCAGGACAACACAUGCAAGAUCUGGGAUCUGCGAAGACGACAGCCCGUCUACACCAUUCCCGCGCACACCAAUCUCAUAGCGGAUGUCAAGUACCAGCAGGACUGUGGCAGCUUUCUGGUCACCUGCUCCUACGACUCGACCACCAAAAUCUGGUCCAACAAGACGUGGCAGCCGCUCAAGACGCUGCAGGGCCACGACAACAAGGUCAUCUCCGUGGAUAUAUCACCCAAUUCGCAGUAUAUAGCCACGACAUCAUUUGAUCGCACCUUUAAGCUCUGGUCGCCCGAUAGCUGAUUUUGUACUUGAUUUAUUUAUUUCAUUUCUAUGUGU